GGAAGAGGGAGGUGAAGAUGAAGAGCGAGGAGGGGAGGAGGAGGAGGGAGGAGGAAGAGAGGUUCCCAUGCCGACCCCCAAAGGUCCUGUUUACUGUGUCUGCAGGAAACCAGACAUCAACUGUUUCAUGAUAGGGUGUGACAGCUGCUCUGAGUGGUUUCAUGGGAAGUGUGUAGGAGUUUCGGAAAAAUCAGCUAAAUCCAUCCGAGUGUGGUACUGUCCGUCCUGCAAAGACAAAAACUCGUCUCUGGAGAUUAAAUACCGUCCAAAGAAGAACAAGGAGAAGGAAGAGAAAGAGUCAGAGCCGGAGAUGGAGAUGGAGGACAAACCCGAUGGAGACGGCAGCUCCACCCUCCAGGCCAAGAUGGACAGGAGGCGGGGCUCACAGAUCAAGCGCUCAGCCCGGAUGUGUGGGGAGUGUGACGCCUGUCUGAGGACGGAGGACUGCGCUCAGUGUGACUUCUGUAAAGACAUGAAGAAAUUCGGCGGUCCAAACAAAAUCCGGCAGAAGUGCCGCAUGCGGCAGUGCGAGGUCCGAGCCCGGAAGAUGCUUCGGGUCAAAGACGAGGAGAUGAGUCGCAGCGGCGCCAGGGGGCGUGGCCUGUCGAGGAAGGGGGCGGGGCAUCAGACCGAGGAGGAGGAGGAAGAGGAGGACGGCGAUGAAGAGGCGGUCUUCAGUGAGAGCGAGCUGGAGCUGUACGAGCAGUACAAAGCUGCAGGAUACAGAGACCUGGUGUGGCACAGCGAGGAAGAGGACGCUCAGUCGGACUGUCUGAGGAAGAAGGCCGUGAAGGUGAAACACGUCAAGAGACGAGAGAAGAAGACGGAGAAGAAGAAGUCUGUCUCUGCGCCGAAAGAGGAAGUGAAGCCCGAAGUGAAGCCCCGGCGCCACAAAGCCAAGCAGCGCCACAGGGAGCGCGUGCGGCACAGCGAGCGUGGAGGAGAGGGCGGGGCUAAGGAGGUGGGGGGGGCCAUGCGGCAGUGUCUGGGACCAGGAUGUGUCCAACCGGCGAGGACCAACUCCAAGUACUGUUCUGACGACUGUGGCAUGAAGCUCGCCACCAAUCGUAUCUAUGAGAUCCUUCCUCAGAGGAUCCAGCAGUGGCAGCAGAGCCCGUGCGUUGCCGAGGAGAUGGGGCGGAGACAGCUGGAGCGAAUCAGGAAGGAGCAGCAGGCGGCGAGGCUCCGCCUCACGCUGAUGGAGAAACGCUUCCACGAGCUGGAAGGCAUCAUCGCCAACGCCAAACAGCAGCAGGUCCAACACGGGGCAGAGGUGACAGAAGGUGAUGGUGAGGACACAGAUCUUCAGAUCUUCUGUGUGUCCUGCAGUCAUCCCGUGAACCCCAAGGUGGCGCUGAGACACAUGGAGAGAUGCUACGCUAAGUAUGAGAGUCAGACAUCAUUUGGUUCCAUGUACCCAACACGAAUUGAGGGGGCGACCCGGUUGUUCUGUGACGUGUAUAACCCUCAGAGUAAGACCUACUGUAAGCGGCUCCAGGUUUUGUGUCCUGAACACUCCCGAGAUCCCAAGGUAACCGUGGUAACCUCUCUCUCUCUCUGUCUGUCUCUCUCUCUGUCUGUCUCCCUGUCUGUCUCUCUCUCUCAGUGGUAUAAGCUGGACGAGCUGUUUGAGCAGGAGAGGAACUUGAGGACAGCGAUGACGAAUCGAGCCGGUUUAUUGGCUCUGAUGCUGCACCAGACCAUCCAGCACGACCCAAUCACAACCGACCUGCGCUCUGCCAAGGACAGGUAGACAGACAGACAGACAGACAGAACAGACAGACAGACAGACAGGACAGACAGACAGACAGACAGACAGAGCUCUUCUGUCUGAAAUGUGUUUGAAUAUUUCAGUCUGAGAACAUGCACAUUACAGAGCCGUCUGUCCCUCUGUAUCUCGGUUGAUAUCAGUAUUAUCAGAGUCAUCUUUAAUGUUUCUAUACUGUUUUAUUCCUGAAGAACUACACUACCCAUAACUCCCCCAGUCGGAGACGUAAACCACUACAGUCCAGCAGAAUCAAGUGUUCAAUAAUCUAUAAAACAAUACGGCAUUAUGAAAUAAAUACAGAGAAAAUAUGUGAUGUUUAUAUAGUGCAAUACAUGUUUAAUCCUUUCACAAUAAGAGCUCAUUGCAGGUUAUUCCAGACAGAUCGACAGGCAAGCACUUUUUUGAUCCUUACGACUAAAUGCAUUGUUACAGCACAUUAAUAUCAAUCAAUAUAACUCAAAUCUGAAGCUAAACUCAACACAACACUACGGUUUCAUCAUCAAGUCUUUCUGCUUUGGUUUAAAUCAGGAGGGUCUAACUCAACUUCUCUAAGGGCCAGACAUGCAGAGUUUAUAGACAUGCUUUUAUUUCAUCGAAAAGUCAAAUAUUUUUGACUGUUUUGUAUAUCUCACGUAGCAGGAGUGUCAAACUCGACUGGAAAAUAAGAAUCACAUCAGGGGCCUGACAUGUUUAGUUUAUUAACAUGCUUUUAUUUAAGAGAAAAGUCAAAUAUCUUCCUGAUAUAGUCUUCUCUCUUACAGUUUGGUCAACAUAAAGCCCCAAAAAAAAUCAGCAAAAAGUUCCUCAGCCAUCAGAGAUGUCUGAGGAACCUGGUGAUAGUCUGCUACCAGACUAUCACCAGCCUGUUUCCAGGCUGGUGAUAGUCUGCUACCUGGUGAUACUCUGCUACCUGGUGAUAGUCUGCUACCAGGUGAUAGUCUGCUACCAGGUGAUAGUCUGCUACCAGGUGAUAGCAAUAUCUUUUUCCAAAGUUUUUUUUUUCACAAUGUUUUUGUCAUUUUUUUCAGCCUUUUCAGCGUUUUUCUCAAUGAUGGCUAAGGACGUAUUUUCCUAACUUUUUCGGGGCUUUAUGUGGACCAAACUGUAAGAGAGAAGACUUUAUGAGACAUGCUAUAAUACAGUCAAAGAUAUGUUACUUUUGUCUUAAAUUAACGCAUGUUAAUAAACUCUACAUGUCUGGCCCUGGAUGACAAUAAUAGCAUUUUCUUGGCAUAUAAAUCUAUAUCUCUUCUGUAUUUCUUCAUAUGGUUGUGUAUUUAUUUAAUAUUGAACACUUGUGUGAAUGAUACGCACACGACAUGCAGCUAAAACUUCAAUAUGUUCUUAUAUUAUCUCAUUUUAUAUCACAGUGUUAUCACUACAGUUGGUUUUAUAUCUGAUAUUGUUCCAUCAUGUUGUUUUCUACUCGUUGUUCAUGUUGUAUUCAAAGUGAUGUUUCAUUAAAAAACUGACGAUCUUUUAUUA